AUCUUUGGAUUUUACCUACUUGUCAUCUUAGUUGUCAUAAAAUGUCAAAGUUGCCAAUCUUCUGUAUGAUUCUCUUAUUGAACAACCUAUAUGAAGCUAGAUGCGAUCCUAAUAAUUUGACAACACGAAUAGUUGGUGGGUACGACUGCUCUGUAAGAUUGUUUUCUUUCAUGUUAUCAAUAAGGGAAACCCAAUCUAUGAAGCAUUUUUGUGGUGGUACUCUAAUAACGCGUAGUUUCGUAUUGACCGCUGCUCACUGCACGCAGUUAUAUGAAUUUCAUCCAUCUAUGGUCACUGCAGUAUCAGGAACAUCAGAGUUCAAUCCAGAAGGACUUCAAAAACGAACAGCCAGGACAAUCUUCAUUCACAAACAUUACAAUCGUACGGAUUUUGCUAACGACAUUGCAGUGAUGCAUCUGGUAGAACCAUUCAUCAUAAACAACAUGAUAAUGACUAUUAAACUUCCACGAGCCCCAAUUCAGCAAGAUUUGGUCCAAGUGUGCCCAGAAAUGAAUGUCAUUGGGUGGGGACAUCGGGGUCAAUGGUCGCCGGAUGCCAAGAUAAGUUACACAUACAACCCAGUUCUGCAGUGCGUUAAGAUUCCUUUGAUGACUAGAACUGAAUGCGAGGAAAAAACUACGGGUACCCUUCACCACUCUUUCGUCUGUGCCAUGGGCGCCAUAGGUAAGGAUAUUUGUCAAGGAGAUGAUGGAGGACCUUUAUUUUGUGGUGAUACCCAAUAUGGAAUAGUUUCUAAUGGCUUUGGAUGCGGCGUGAAUGAACGACCAGGUUACUACACUAGGGUAGAUAGGUUCUUAGCUUUCAUAGCUGUAGCGACCAAUAUUCCAGAUGAGCCAGCGAAAAAAAAGACAAGCCAAGGUGUUGUUUUUUUUUGGUCGACCAAAUUUAUUGUUGUAUUUUCGUUGUUCAUGGAAUUGAUCUGAAUAUAAGCACAAAACUUU